AUGCGGUUCAAUGUCAAUUGGUCUCAGAUCGCCAGCCUCGGCCUGCUGGGCGCCAGUUUGGUGCGAUCAGCCGAGUUGAGCAAGCAGUCGCAGGCCCUCUUUGAUCAGUCGAUGACUCUUCUAGACGAUAUUUACGAUCCUGCGGCCUCCUACCUACACUAUUUCUACUUCCCCUUAGCCGCAGGUCCACAUGACACCCGGUCGACCGUCUGGCACUCUGUUGGACUACUCCAACGUAACCAGGGCAAUGACCUCAAUGAAGCUGUGAAGAUUCUCAAGAAUGUGAUUGCCGGUCAGGAGAAAAAUACGUCAGCGCAAUGGUAUGGAGACUACACUGUUUAUCCUGAGCAGCCGACUGUUGGCAGCCCUGCAUAUGCGCCCAAUAUCUAUAACACGUGGGAUCCCAACUGGAGAGGCUUCAUUGGUACCGCUCUGAUCGUCAUUUAUGAGGAAUUCGGAAGACUUUUGCCUGCAGAUGUAAAGGACUUGAUCAUUGACAGCCUGUACAACAACACCGUCGGUGACAGCUAUCGUGUUGGUGGCGUUGAUGGAGAUAACUUGUACCCGGCGUAUUCAAAUGCCUGGUUGAUGCGGACGGUGGUGACUUCAUGGACCGGGCACCACCUGAACAACGCCAACAUGACUUCCUCAGGAGACAAUGACGCCCACGAAUUCCUCGAGCUCUUUGAUCGCAACCACACUUUGUCCGAGUUCAACGGCCCAACCUACGCCGGUGUCUCCCUCUAUGCGCUGACCAUUGCCGCCAAGUACCUUUCAUCGACUAGUUCUGUUAUCGGGCAGAAUGCAGAGCGGGUGAUCCAGGAUAUCUGGGGCUAUGAGUCCCAGCUGUGGAACCCUAAUAUGAGAAACUUCGCUGGUCCAUGGGACCGUUCAUACGGCUAUGAUAUGAACAAAUACGUGGCUAUCAUGUCAAUUUGGAUCUGGUCCCUGGUAGGAAAGGAGAACGUGUGGCAUUCGACCUCUCCGAUCUGGACUAUGACACACGCAGGCGACUUUGAGAUCUCCCCCAUUAUCGCCGUUCUUUCGAACUUCCAUAAGAAGCUCGUACCGGACUAUGUUCUUUCGAGACUGACCUCCUCCUUUGGCGAGCACACCUAUACCGGGCACGCUUACGCUCCUCCAGCGGACUACGAGCCUCGCAACAUCACAACGUGGCUCUCAGCCAAUCUGACCAUCGGAACAGAUUCCUUCAACCAGAGCGUUGUGGGGGGCUAUUCAAAGGACUCAACCUCCUUCUCUCCUUCAGUCGUUCAGUGGAUUCGCUCCGAUGGGUCAAUUGGCUACUUCAACCUAUAUCCGACCGAAACCGCGUUGCAGGCAGAGGUGACUCCGUACGCACUCAACCUGACCUAUCCGCUGGGCAACUCCACGAGCAAGUUUACAUUCGUUCUCGCUUCGAACCCACUUGGUGCGAAGCGGGAUAUCUAUGGGCUCAACGAUGUCGAUGGUCUGCAGAUUGAGGUAGUCGGCGGGACUGUCAACCCAGUUCCGGAGAUAUCUUUCUGUGGACUGGUUGGUGGAACUUGCCAUAUUAUCCAUAACUUUGAGUUCUGGAAUAUCACCUUUUCUAUGAAAGAAAAUAGCUCUGAUAUUCCCAGCGUCCAGUUUAAAUUCGCACUCAAUUAA